AUGGACGAGUCAAUUCAAGUCACGUUCUUUAGCAAAUCGCCUUUCAGGACUCAGUUAACGGAUAACCGUCUGAAAUCAAGAUUUACGCCACCAUUGGAAAUAGCACACGUGUGCGGCGGUCCGAAACAUGUGAUUUGCUGCGAUACUCUGGGUCGUAUUCAUUUAAUUGGCCCGAAUAGGGUCUUCUACCAGGACCCUGAUGCCCCUCAAAUACCAGUUGAUCGAUCUCAGCAAAUAGAGCAUGGUAUAUUAUAUAGCGUUCAGGCAUGUGUACAGACGUCGACGAUCGUUAGGGCAGAAAUGGUAUACAAUAAACAUCCCCAGCUGGCGUUAAGGAAUACUCUAGUUCUAUUCCCAAUAACAGAAGGAAAGUUGUUGAUUCAACUAUACAGUUUUGUACCGCCACUGAACUCUUUAUUUCGAGCGGCUAUGACGGCAAAGGACGUCUCCACCAAGCCACAAUCAACACAUUCACCUCUGGCUUUACUUGUGGAACACGACCUACCCCAUAAACCAGGGAUAUCGUCAAUUGCAGUAAACUCCAACGCAGAUGUGGUCUGCAUCGGCUACGAAUCUGGUGAAGUUACCCGCUUCACGGGUAACCCGUACGCCGGACAGAAAUAUAAACAGCAAGCAAAUCUUAAGUCCGUCGGAGGGGGCCGAAUCACCAACAUCGUUUUCGGAGAGAUCGAGAUAACCUCUCAGGGAAGCGGCCCGACCAGUGGUGGCCCGACCAAUGGUGGCCCGACCAAUGGUGGCCCGACCAAUGGUGGCCCGAUCACCUUUAGCGGUGGUCCGCUUUUUGGUGGUGGUGGUGGCCAGACAUCGGGCGUGACUUCUGGGUCGAAAGAGGAGAGCUGUACUUUGAUUGAAUUCAUAUCAACCAGGAAUGUAUUGUAUGCUUACUGUAAUGGCCACCUUUUAUGGCAGGACAAAGAUCUUGGUUGUGAAAAGGACUGCAUGACUUGGAACUUUGGUCACUUGCUCGUAGCCAAGACCGAAGGAUUGUACAUGGUGGACGCCGAACAAGGAAACCUGUCUUGUAUCCCAUUCGGACACGGCGCGUAUGGUCGUAUUUACUCGGAUGUUAGUCGUACCAAUCCGGAUGCCGGUAGACCUCCUCACUCUAUCAAGAUGAUUCGGAAGGACACAGUGUGUGUUGUGUUGAAAGAUGACCCUGGUUAUGCCGUAUUAGUGCUGAAUACGCAGAGCAGACUUAUCACCUUUGCGGACUACUUCAGCAACGUACAUGCCGUCACGCCAGCCCUCGACCACGUCAUGAUUCUCACGUCGAAAACCAUCAUCAAAAACACAGUCGCUGCAGCAAAUAGGUCGGAGAACCCGGAUGACGUUUCGGAAGGUUACUGGAUAACGGAGUACCCGCUUGAAACCAAGAUUUCCGUCCUGGUCCGAAAGCAUUUAUGGAAGCAGGCGGUGUACUUCUCCGCCGAGAGCCCGAAUCUGGCCAAGCUAGUGGUUCGUCUCCAGUUCCUCACCAUUUUCAAUGAAGAUCUUUCCAUAGAGGACCUGUGCUCGGGCAGACCUCCCGAAGAAUUAGUCGCCGCCAACAGUGGCCAUGCGGCCACGAGUGGUGCAGAAUCAGCCGGUCAUCCCGCAAGCAACUCGACCCCGCAAAAGGGCGGGCAGACACGUGCGGCAGUGCAGCUGGACUUGGGCCAGAAUGCGUUUGGUCUCAAAAACGGUCUGGAGCAGCUGGAGCGUGCCAUGGACAUUUUUGAGACUAGUGCGCGGAAGAACGGCUUUAAUUAUCUCAGUCCGAAAUUCGUCCUGAACGUGCUCCUGGCCUCCAAUCUUCUGGGCACCUGUCCGAACUGGAAAUACGUGCUGCGACGCUUCAUAAAGAUUUGCAUUGAACACAUCCACUUGGCAGACGAAACGCACGUGCGCUUACUCGUACAACUAUAUGCUGAAUACCAUGAACUACAAUGGGCGACCGACAAGGUCAUUACCGUACUUACUGAUCAACCAGAAGUAGCAGAACAAUGUUUCCUCAAUCCGCAAUCCGCAAAUCAGGAAACCACUGUGGCCGCCGAAUAUGACAUAGUUAACGCUGACUCUAAGCUGAUUGGGGCUUUCAGAGCCAUCAAAGCUCUCGACCAGCUCGCUACCUUCCGAUCGCCGACAUUGCUGGCGUCGUAUUACUUCUUGAUGGGCGAUUACGGUAAUUGGGCAGCGUGUAUAUGCGACCACCUGCCUCAGGUCAUCUACGGCUUCGUCGUGAGCAACUCAAUUACAAUGAAAUCCAAGGUUGAGGUAUUGAGAAACGUCAGCUUCAGAGACGUGCACUUGCAGGAAAUAUUCGUUAAGAACAUUUGGCCUCAAAUUCACGAUCUAGACACUCGAACGCAGCUUCUGAACCACAUCAGUAGGAAGGACGUUUCCCACCACAGGGAGAUUGAUCACAACGGGGAGAUUGAUCACAACGGGGAGAUUGCCACAAUGGGGAGAUUGCCACAACGGGGAGAUUGCCACAACGGGGAGAUUGCUGAAGGAGGGAUCAGAGGACGGGAGACAGGAAAUGGGGAGAUGUUUUUUUAG